AUGGUGUCUGGCGUAGUUACUGGUUUUAUAAUAUUGUUUGGGUCCAAGGAAUUGACUGGUCAAUUGAAUUUAGGGAAUAUUAUGUGCAAAAUCUUCUCGUUUUUCUGUGCACUACCAUUUCAUCUUUGGUCUAAUUUGGUAGCGGCCAUAGCUGUUGACAUGCUCUGUUGCAUUACAUCUCCUCUAAACAGCUACCGGACGGGAGCUAAUCGCGUGGAUUGGCUGAUUGCCCUCGCCUGGAUUUGUGCCUUUCUCUGUGCCCUACCCAUGGCAUUUAUCCGCGGAACGAUAACCAUCUAUUCUUUUGAGGACGAAUCCUAUGAGCAAUGCUAUCCAUUAGUGAAUAGUUACAGCCGAGACGUAUUGGUUGCAUUUAACUUUUUCCAUGUGAUAACUACGUUCUAUGUUCCUCUCCUAAUUGUUGUCGUUUGCUACUCUUUAAUAGGCCUCUCGCUUCGAAAACAAAUGGCUGAAAGAAAAUUGUUGCAGGAUGGUGGGAAAAAGAAAAAGCAGUCGAGCACAAAAGCGCGAUUCCUUCGUGCAUCCUUAGCUGUAAUAUGCACAUUCUUCUUUACGUGGUUGCCAUACCAGGUACUGGCUUUGUUGCGUGUCGUUUGCGACGAAAACGCCGUAUGCGAGAGCAUAACUAGUCGAAUAAAUUGGCUACAGGCAAUUAUUAUAGCCAGGUUGGUGUUUAGCUUACAAAAUCUGACUUUACGAAUACGAACACAAUUGCGGAACCCUGUUCAUUCUAGACUUUUCUAUGAGUUUAAAAAACAGGUGAUUUCCCUUUUAUGUUUCGACUUUUCUCCUCCCUACAGACCUGAGGACGUAUUAUUAGCAAAUUAG